UUUCUGCUCUUAGUAACUGCUCUGUGUUUGUUGCUGUUUACAUGAUGAUGAUGAUGAUGAUGAUGAUGAUGUUGUUUUUGUUGUUGUUGUUGUUGUUGUUGUAGUAGUAGUAGUAGUAUAUCCUUCCAGCAGACGGAUGGAGGUCUCUGAGCCCAGACUGGUUCUGGUCUUCAGCGGGAAACGGAAGUCCGGGAAGGAUUACGUGACGGACCUGAUCCAAGACCGUUUAGGAUCCGAUGUUUGCUGCAUCCUGCGUCUCUCUGGACCGCUCAAGCAGCAGUACGCUGAGGAACAUGGUCUGGACCUGCAGCAGCUGCUGGGCCCGGGUCUUUACAAGGAGCAGUAUCGGGCCGAUAUGAUUCGCUGGGGAGAAACUCGGCGCCAUGACGACCCCGGAUUCUUCUGUCGCCUAGCAACCAGAGAAGCUUGUCAACCUGUCUGGGUGGUGAGUGAUGCCCGCCGUCAGACUGAUCUUCAGUUUUUCUGCUCGGAGUUUCCUCGACAGACUCAAAGUGUCCGAGUUCAAAGUUCAGAAAAAACACGGAAACAGAGGGGGUGGAGCUUCAGCACAGGUGUGGAUGAUGCAGAGUCAGAAUGCGGGUUGGACAGUGGAGUGGAAUUUGAUUGGAUCAUCACUAACGCGGCCGACGCCCCCUCGUUAGACGAGCUGCAGCCAUUCCUGAAGCUGGCUGAGGAGGCGGUGUAA